UUCUUUCAUCCUUGGCACAGAGUGCGCAUGCGUGAUCAUUCAGCAGCGUUCUGUCUCAGAAAGGCUCUAGUGCUCCGGAGCGUCGUCACCAGGCAUGACUGAAAAAAGAAGCGGUGGACACACGCCUCCCGCGCUUGCCUUCAUCGAAGAAGCAACCCUGGGUACAAGCUGUGAAGGCGGCGAGGUAGCCUCAGGCACUUGCGACGAUUACCCUGCAUAUAUUGACGAGUACAUCGAUGACGCGUUGAAGGCGUUGAACCGCCAGACCGAUGCCACGGACGUCAAUGAUGCCACUGACAGCGGAAGCACCAACUACGCACCUGUGGUGUCCACCACUAGUGCCUAUCACGCCUGGCCCAGAACGAGCCACGCUGACAUCGACAAACUAUCGUGCACUACGAAAGACACCGCGAGCUGUUCCGACGACGCCUGGCAUUGCCAGCGGAACUCGCAGCACAGGCCGAUAGCCGACCAGACGUACAGCCUCGACGGUGUCUAUUCCAGCGGUAGCCCUAGUCACCUGCACCUGGGGCCCACAAGCAGCAUCGAUCGCAAAAAGCCCAGCACAAGCCGCGCUGGAAUGGUGGAGGCAUCAGCAAGCUUACAAUACGGAGCCAGAAAUCCUCAGACCACGCGGGUUCACCAAAGCAACACGCAGUACUACCCGACUGCAGGCACAUCCACCAUCCAGGGGUAUACACACAACAGAGAAACCGGAAGCACCAGUUUCGCACUUCCAGUCUACAGCAACAGCGGCGGUGGCAAAUACGCAGUGGCCAGUACAAGCGACGCGGGCACGGAGGAAGCACCGGGAAUUCUGGGAAUUGAUGCCAGAAUUCCUGACGCCACCGGCGCUGAGCCAUGGAGUACACAGUACUACGCAGCUCGUGGCACAACUACAGUCUCCGGUCAUACACAUGUCACCGAAAGCGGAAUCACCAGUUCCCCACCUAUGGUGUCCAGCAGCAGCGUCAAUCACGCACAGCCCAGUACGAGCCGCGCUAGAAUAGAGGAAGCAUUGGCCGUUCCGGAAAACAUCGCUAGGAAUGCUCCUGGAACCGGAGGAAGGGAACUGCGAAAGUUGUGCGGUGUCUGUGGGACCGUUUCGAACACACCAGACGCUUUACACGGGCGCGCCAAGGAACCCACGGAUGACACAGCCCAGAUUUGCAAAGCCUGUGAUCAAUCGUCUGUGAGGAUGUCUAAGUCUGUCGAACACUGCCACAACCUCACUGGCAAAAAACACAAAUGCGAAGCCUGUGGCAAACAGUUCCACCGGUCUUGUGAUCUAGCUGAACAUCAGCGUACGCACACAGACGAGAGACGCUACAAAUGCGAAAUAUGUGAAAAAAUGUUCCGGAAGGCUGGUCAUCUAUAUGACCAUAAGCGCACGCAUACAGAUGAGAAACCAUACCUUUGCAUAACAUGCGGGAAAACGUACAAGUGGCCGUCCAAUCUCCGUAAACAUGAGCGCACUCACGCAGAGGAGAACCGCCAUGCAUGCCAAAAAUGUGCUAAAUCAUUUGAAAACAAAUAUAACCUCAACAGACAUGUAGACACGCAAUGUGGAAACAGCGCUUUCAUUUGCGAAAUCUGUGAUCAAUUCUUUAUGCACAAAUUAAGUCUCCUUCGUCACCGCCGAAGAAAGCACGCGGAUAAAACACCAUAUGACUGUACGCAGUGCGGAUGUCGAUUUGCUGACCAAGAAACACGCGAUAGGCAUGUGUGCCAGAAGGAACGCAGGAUGUGAACGAUGCCGUCUGGUUUUUCGAAAUUGCGCGACAAGACCUCGUCGCCAGAAGUAUUUGUGAUGCUUCGAUGUCGAAAGAUACUGCAGGUCCUGGCCAGCGCUCACUGCCUCAUGAACUAUCUUGUUCGUGAAUGUUGCUUUAUCAAACUGACUUUCAGACAAACCCUAAUUGGCUGCAAGAUAGUGUUUUGUGUAAUUAGGUGCUGAAAUCUCCACAAAAGAUCAGUGACCCCCAUUUGGUUUGAGAAACUUCUUGUGCAGGUCUUUUGACAGUGUACCAGCGAAGAAGAUUUGAUGAACCAUUUUCAUAAUAAUAUUGCAGCGUAAACAGAAUGGGAUAUCUCUUUUUAGGAAGCAUUUGAGAAAGGUGGUACUGUACUCUUGUCAACUAAAAUGUAAUUUCUGCCAUUAAUCAAGGUCUAGAGCGAAAGUUGCCUUCAAGAGAAAGCUCUUGCAGAUGCUUUUACGACAAUGCUUAACUACAUCGUACGAGUUAGAAAAGUAUCUGCUUGAGAAAGUUUGUUCAAUGCAUUCACCGUUCUUUGGCGCCCGUAUUCAUAUCGAAAAUGUUUUCUCUAUACCAUAAAAUAAUACGAUGACGAUAGGGAGACAGCACUAGAUUUAAAUCAUUUGUAAAUUCAUUAUAUGACUUGGUCGCCCCCUAGGAAAAUUUUUAGUUGUUUUAUUGUGGCAGGACUUCUGAAGUUUAAUGGACAGCUUUUUAUCCACUCGGAAGUCGUCUGUUUUGACUCGGACUGCUCUCUAGUAGCAGCUGUAAAAUCUUUUUAGCCUGAUGUGACAAACAUUUCUGUGCAGAAAUGACAAUCAAUGUUUGACAUGACACGCAAGUUCUCAUUUAUGUGUACAUGCUUACUUUUGUAUAUUUUUCCAGUGGACGCAUUUUUCCGGCUAACAAAUGUUACGUUACCGCACAGCGCAAGACACGCCUGCGUGUAUCAGAACCUUCUCAAUCUUUCCCACCAAUCAUAUUUUUUUUCUGUGCUGUGGUCGAACCUUUCAUAACCAAACUGCAUGAUCAAUACGAAUUCAAGAGUGCAUUCUUGAAGGCUUGCAAGCACCAACGCUUACGCUAUAAUCUUCAACGAAUGAUGCAUGAAUAUCCGACAAACGUUAGACGCCAAUCACUGAUUCGGCGAUUGAUGUCUACGCUCGUCGCUAUCUUCCUGCCCGAAUGUAACUCGUUUUGUGCCUACCCGUUCCCCGAUAAGAGUUAGUUGCGUGACUGAAGUUUCUUGCUAGUGCAUUGUUCACCGUCACUACAGCGUUGCAUCUCGUAGAGGUGCUUGUUGUGACCGGAUACACCCAGCAAGAUAUGAAAACAACAUACACAUUGUCAUAGGCUACUGAGCUUGUCACAACAUACUACAACCGCCCGUGUACGCUCAUGUGGCCAAGAAUGCCAGGAACAUCAUGGCCCAAUCAGCAGUCCCAAUGACAAUCCUUGUGCCGCCAGCAACGAUCACGCUGCAACAGCCAAUGGAGCCACCGUUAUCCACAGAUCAUCGUUUAAGAUGCGGAAAGCUGACUGCAAACAGAAUCAUAAAUCGCCACAUAUAACAAAUGAAAGUACGACUAGCUGCGUCAGGACUAUUUCUCAUUAAAAGACACCGCUAGGACGUGGUUUAAAAAACGAGACUCCGGCAUAACAGCGGGGGAGCUGCUUUGCAGGGGCUUCCUACAAACAUACACGAGCGCCGUGAGCAAGAAGCCGGUUAAAACCAUGAUAUAAACUUGUGUGCAGCUACCGAAUGAGCACAUCGCGAUCUUCACGGAAGAUAUCAACC